ACUCCACACGAUGCUCCGCUGCGGCUCGUUCCUGAUGUGCCUCCUGCACCUACAGCACACUGUUUUGGGAGCCGCUGUCACCCCAAAGCCGAUCAUUAUCAACGGCACGUACAUCAACCCAGAGCUGGGCAAGUAUCACGCCAGACUGCGGACGCUCGGCCGAAGCUGCCUGGAGAUCCGGGAGAACCACGGCGCCACACAGGACGGCAUGUACAUCUUGAGCACAGCGAGCGGCACGUACUACCAGGCGUUCUGUGACAUGAGCUCAGCGGGGGGCGGCUGGACUCUGGUGGCCAGCGUUCAUGAGGACUACAGCCGAGGAAAGUGCUCUCCUGGAGACCGCUGGUCCAGCCAGCAGGGGAACGACCUGAACCGGCCCGGAGGAGACGGCUCAUGGGCCAACACACACACCUUCGGCACCGCAGAGGGGUCCACCAGCGACGACUACAAGAAUCCCGGCUACUACGACAUCUCUGCCCAAGACGUGUCCGUGUGGCACGUGCCCAAUGAUGAGCCGCUGAGCAACUGGACGUCUUCUGCCAUCCUGCGCUACCAUACCGAGAGCCGGUUCCUGAGAGAGACUGGAAACCUUUACCACCUGUUCAAGAAGUUCCCGGUGCGGUUCGGAGCCGGACGGUGUGACAGUGAUGUGGGAGCCGUCAGUCCGGUAGUGUUUGACACGGGAGACAAAGACUCGACUGCAGACUUAUACGGGCCGUCUGCUGCUGGAAAGGAGUUCGAGUCUGGCUUCGUCACCUUCCGAGUGUUUAACGCGGAUCAAGCAGCCAUGGCCAUGUGCUCUGGAGUCAAGCCGACUCAAUGCAAUCCUCAGCACUAUUGUAUCGGUGGAGGAGGAUAUUUCCCGACGAGUGAUCAGUGUGGAGACUUCACAGAUCUGGACCGGAGCCACACACACACAGGAGCUUCCAGACGCCUCACUGAAUCAGCUGUGCUGCUCUUCUAUCGCUAACACACCUGAA